AUGAAUGGACCAGUGAAAGAGAGGGGAUUCAAGAACAGUUUACUACAAUCAGUGUCCCAUAAGAAUAAAACCAAAAGUAUCGAAACUUUGGAAAGCAACAAACAGCGGCCCCGAAGGUUACUUUUGGGGUCAACCACACCCCCCUCAGUCGAAGAAUCUGAAGCCAUAGGGUUUUAUGCAUAUCUUGGAGCUCAUGAUUCCACACCUGCACCCAACAAAAUGGUACUGUUUGAUACUGUUAAAGCCAACGUCGGCAAUGCUUACAAUCCCUUCAGCGGCGUCUUCACCGUUCCCAAGUCAGGGGUCUAUGUCUUUUCGUAG